AUGUCGUAUGAGUUGGUUGCUCGUAAAUUAUACUUUUUUGAGUAUGAAUUGGCUGCUUGUAAACUAGGUUCUUUUGAAUGUGUAUAUAUUUUUGAACUUUUUGCCACUUCCUUGAUAUUGGUGGAAGAGGAAUCAUUACCUCUCUUUCAUUUAAGCUCUUCACUCUUUUUAUCAACAGUGCAACCAAAGCCAAAGGGUCUGUCUAUUCAAUAUCAUUCGCAUCAAAGAAUUCAAAAAGAAUCUUUAUCUCAUAGA